AAAUCUCUUGACUAGCCGUCACACACACACACACAUACAUACACAGUGAAUUGCAGUGCAGUGAGCAAAAAAAAAAAAUAGUCGUAUUUAAAAUAAAAAUUCAUUAAUUUUCGAGAACAACAAACAAGUUUCCUCAAAAGGACGAAAACGAGAACGUGUAUAAAAUAACAACAACAACAACAAAAAUACUAAAAACAAAGAGAAAGCGGACGACAUUUUUAAAUUGCCAUUAAAAUCCACAUCUCUACAGAAGGUGUGAUAAGUUUUUUAUUAAAAAUCAACACAAGAUCAAUAUGGGUUCAUUGCCGCAAUUGUCGAUUGUGAAGGGACAGCAACAGGAUUUUGUGCCGCGCGCCCUGCAUCGCAUCUACGAGGAGCAACAACUACGUCAUGCGGAUAAGGUGGCUCUCAUCUAUAACGAUCAGACAUCCCAGCUGCGUCAGAGCAGCUAUCGGCAAAUGAAUGAGCGAGCCAAUCGUGCGGCGCGAUUGCUUGUCGCUGAGACCCAUGGACGAUUCCUGCAGCCCAACCAUGAUGGUGACUUCAUUGUGGCGGUGUGCAUGCAGCCUUCGGAUGGUUUGGUCACCACUCUGCUGGCCAUUUGGAAGGCGGGCGGCGCCUAUUUGCCCAUUGAUCCCAGCUUCCCAGCGAACCGUAUUCACCACAUCCUGAUGGAGUCCAGACCCACUCUGGUGCUGCGCGACGACGACAUUGACGCCGGACGCUUUCAAGGCACACCCACGCUCUCGCUUACGGAGCUUUAUGCCAAGUCCCUGCAGCUGAGCAACGCCAAUCUGUUGUCGGAGGAAAUGCUGCGUGGCGGCAACGAUCACAUCGCCAUUGUUCUGUACACCUCUGGCUCCACUGGUGUGCCGAAGGGGGUGCGCCUUCCACAUGAAAACAUUCUGAACCGCCUCCAAUGGCAGUGGGCAACAUUUCCGUACACUGCCAGCGAAACAGUUGGUGUGUUCAAGACGGCUCUGACCUUUGUAGACUCCAUUGCCGAGCUCUGGGGUCCCCUUAUGUGCGGUCUGGCCAUUCUGGUGGUGCCUAAAGCGGUGACCAAGGAUCCAGAACGCUUGGUAGCGCUCCUGGAGAAGUAUAAGAUCAGACGUUUGGUGUUGGUGCCGACACUCCUGCGCUCCUUGCUAAUGUAUUUGAAAAUGGAAGGCGGCGGAGCAGCCCAGAAACUGCUCUACAAUCUCCAGAUCUGGGUAUGCUCCGGUGAGCCCCUAGCUGUGCCGCUGGCCAGCAGCUUCUUUGAUUACUUCGACGAGGGAGUGCAUCGCCUCUAUAAUUUCUAUGGCUCCACCGAGGUGAUGGGCGAUGUCACCUAUUUCACCUGCGAGAGCAAGAAGCAGCUGAGUCUCUACGAAAAUGUGCCUAUUGGCAUACCUGUCUCGAACACCGUUAUCUACUUGCUUGACACUGACUACAGACCCGUGAAGAAUGGAGAAAUUGGCGAGAUCUUUGCUUCAGGCCUCAACUUGGCCGCUGGCUAUGUGAAUGGACGAGAUCCCGAACGGUUUUUAGAAAAUCCACUGGCCGUCGAGAAAAAGUAUGCUCGUCUUUAUCGCACCGGCGACUAUGGCUCGCUCAAGAACGGCAACAUCAUGUAUGAAGGCCGCACAGACUCGCAAAUCAAGAUUCGCGGUCAUCGCGUCGAUCUGUCCGAGGUCGAGAAGAACGUAGCCGAGCUGCCGCUGGUUGAGAAAGCCAUUGUGCUCUGCUAUCAUGCCGGACACGUUGAUCAGGCGAUUCUGGCCUUCGUGAAGAUGCGUGACGAUGCACCCGUGGUCACGGAGCUCCAGCUGGAGGCACGUCUCAAAGACAAACUGGCCGACUAUAUGGCACCACAGGUGGUUAUUGUGGAGCAUGUACCGCUGCUGGUCAAUGGCAAGGUCGAUCGUCAGGCACUGCUCAAAAGCUACGAGACGGCCAACAAUAACGAGGGCGACUCAAGCAUUGUCUUGGACUUUGACUACUCCCAAGUGCCGGAAAAGCUAAAGCUGACGGCACGCGAUCUAUUCGAGACGGUGGGCGGCGUAAUUGGACGUUCGACUCGCGCCACACUCGCGCCGCAAAGCAACUUUUAUGAAUUGGGCGGCAACUCCCUCAACUCUAUAUUCACCGUAACGCUGUUGCGCGAGAAGGGCUACAACAUUGGCAUAUCCGAGUUCAUCGCGGCAAAGAAUCUCGGGGAGAUCAUCGAACGCAUGGCGACCAACCGUGAAGUUGUACAGCUGGAGGAGGAGUGGCUCAAUGCUUGUCCCCAUUUGAAAAUGGAGUCAGUACCAUUGCGUCUUGAGCACAGACAGGCAGUUAUUGACAUCAUUGUAGACAGCUUUUACAACAAGGCUGAUCUGGAGCAGUGGCUCAAGCCGGGCGUAUUGCGCAGCGACUACAGCGACAUUCUGAACGACAUCUGGAAAGAUUUAGUGGAGCGCGACCUUAGCUUUGUGGUCUAUGAUCGUAACACGGAUCGUAUUAUUGGCACGGCGCUUAAUUUCGACGCGCGUAACGAGCCUGAGGUGGAAAUCAAAUCGAAGCUGUUGAUUGUUUUCGAGUUUCUGGAGUUCUGCGAGGGACCCAUACGCGACAACUAUUUGCCCAAGGGUCUGAAUCAAAUACUGCACUCCUUUAUGAUGGGCACGGCCGAUGAACUGAAUCCGCGCGAAAACAUUGCCUGCAUGCACUUUAUGGAACACGAGGUGUUGAGGGUGGCGCGGGAAAAACAGUUUGCCGGCAUCUUCACCACCAACACCAGCCCCCUGACCCAGCAAUUGGGCAACGAUGUCUACCACUAUAAGACCCUGCUGGACUACCAGGUGAAUCAGUACGUCUAUUCGGAUGGCUCCCGGCCUUUUAGCGAUGCUCCCGAUGAACAGCGUGCGAUCGUACACUGGAAGGAGGUGGGCCACCAGUAAGGAGAGCCCGUCGGAGCGAAAAUUUUGAACGCUCAGCGUUUUCAGCGAAUUUAGGCCGUACCUGUAUUGUAUUUUUAAUAUGCAUGUAGGAUAUCUUGUAGUAUUUAGGCAUUAGUAUUACGCAUUACAUUCACAUUACCAUUAAUUGCAUUAUACUAAUUGUGCAACCAAAUGAAAAUCAAAAGAAUUCAUAACUUUAUGUUGACUAGUUGUAAGCAUGCAAUGCAAAUAAAAGAAAAC